AUGCCGCUCAGCUGCCGGGAACAGCCGAACAGAAUCCUGGAACUCGGUUGUAUCCGCGUGUGUAUUUGUGGGAGUCUUCGAAAGUGCCGUGCUCUCAGCACCCAGUCAAAGGGCUUUGGCCAGCGUAGGUUUCUGUGCGUUUGGCUGGAGUGUAACCUGUCACUGUUGUGCUGUCUUGCAGAUAACUUCCUUCUUAGUGAUGAAAUCAUAGCCAAUGGCUUUCACUCCUGUGACAGUGACGAAGAUGACAGAGCCUCCCACGCGAGUUCUAGUGACUGGACACCAAGACCACGUAUAGGUCCCUACACUUUUGUUCAGCAGCAUCUCAUGUUAGGUACAGACCCACGGACAAUUCUGAAAGACCUGCUACCAGAAACCAUCCCUCCGCCAGAACUGGAUGAUAUGACGCUGUGGCAAAUCGUUAUAAACAUUCUUUCAGAACCACCAAAAAGAAAAAAACGGAAAGAUAUUAAUACUAUUGACGACGCUGUGAAACUUCUACAGGAAUGCAAAAAAGUCAUGGUCUUGACCGGAGCUGGGGUGUCAGUGUCCUGCGGAAUACCCGACUUCAGAUCGAGGGACGGCAUCUAUGCGCGCCUUGCUGUAGACUUCCCAGACCUUCCGGAUCCUCAGGCAAUGUUUGAUAUAGAAUACUUCAGAAAGGAUCCCAGGCCGUUCUUUAAGUUUGCAAAGGAAAUCUACCCAGGACAAUUCCAGCCAUCUCUCUGUCACAAGUUCAUUGCCUUGAUGGAUAAGGAAGGAAAACUACUGCGCAACUACACUCAGAACAUAGACACGUUGGAGCAGGUUGCAGGGAUCCAAAGGAUAAUACAGUGCCACGGUUCCUUUGCAACAGCUUCCUGCCUGAUCUGUAAAUACAAAGUUGAUUGUGAAGUUGUUCGAGGAGAUAUUUUCAAUCAGGUCGUGCCUCGAUGUCUACCGCUCGCUAUCAUGAAGCCAGACAUAGUGUUCUUUGGGGAGAACUUACCCGAGCAGUUCCAUCGUGCCAUGAAGUACGACAAAAAUGAAGUUGAUCUCCUUAUUGUCAUUGGGUCUUCACUGAAAGUAAGACCAGUAGCAUUGAUUCCAAGUUCCAUCCCCCAUGAAGUGCCUCAGAUCUUAAUUAAUAGGGAACCUUUGCCUCAUCUACACUUUGACGUGGAGCUGCUUGGAGACUGUGACGUUAUAAUUAAUGAAUUAUGUCAAAGGCUAGGGAGCGAAUAUACAAAACUUUGCUACAACUCGGUAAAACUUUCCGAAAUAACAGAAAAGCCUCCGCGAACGCACAAGGAGCUCGAAAUGCACUCCUCUGAGCUACCGCCUACCCCCUUAAACAUUUCCGAAGGCUCUAGUUCGCCAGAAGGAAUGACUCCACCAGAUGCAUCGGAGGUGGCUUCCGAACACCCAGCUGAAUGUAAGGUAGGAAACUCUGAUCCUGCCUCCGAGACUAAAGGGACCUGCACGGAGGAGAAGCUUCAGGACACACAGACAUCGUCAGAAAACCUUGAAAAUACUACUAGUGAACUAAUGAACUCUGAAACCAUGAAGGAAAAUGGCUCUAACAAUGGAGAAAAUAAAGAAAAAAAUGAAAUACUGAAGAAGUGCUGGGUAAACAGAUCUGCAAAAGAACAGAUUAGCAAGAGGCUGGAUGGUACUCAGUAUCUGUUUUUACCACCAAAUCGCUAUAUUUUCCAUGGUGCUGAGGUGUACUCAGAUUCUGAAGAUGAUGUCAUAUCUUCUAGCUCUUGUGGGAGUAGUAGUGAAAGUGGUUCGUGUCGUAGUCAGAGCUUAGAUGUGGAGGACGAGAGUGAGAUGGAAGAGUUUUACAACGGCAUAGAGGAUGAAGAUGCACCUGAAAGGGAAGGGGAACCCGGAUUCGGGGAAGAUGGGGCGGAACAGGAUGAAUUGGCAGCUGAUGAACCAGCUUACGCGAAUGAAGCUGCAGGGACUGAUCAUCCAGGCGACAAGUUCUAAGGUGAUGGCUGACUGGUUACAGGAACUUUCCACCAGCAUUAGGGGGCUUUGGCAUGUCAGAAUGAAUGUUUACGUCUGAAUUUAGAGCAACAAAAGCAUAAGGAUGUAGUGUUUAUAAAUAACUAAAACAGAUUUUCAUGCUUAGUUUUUUACCUUUUUCAAUAAAAUUCUAUUACUGC